AUGACCAAGGGUGCUGCAAUCGUGACAGGGUCGGCCCAAGGAAUAGGCAAGGCUAUCGUCCGGCGUCUUGCGGUGGCCGGCUACAAAGUCUGUGUCAACGACAUUGAAUGCAAUGCCGCUAGAGCCCAUGCUCUCGUGUUAGAACUUCGACAGCAACAUGGGAAUGAAGCGGUCAUCGCGGUCAUCGCCAACGUGACUCAACAGGACCAGGUUCAAAGCAUGAUCGACCGGACUGUGAAGGAGCUCGACUGCGAGUUGACGUUAAUGGUCGCUAAUGCUGGUGUCUGUCAGAUCAAGGACGUUCUUGACUUGACACCUGACGAUAUCAAAUUUGUCUUCGACGUCAAUUUCCUUGGGCUGUUUAAUUGUUAUACACUUGCAGCAAAACAGAUGAUAUCCCAGUCGAAAAGAGCCGUGAAUGGAGAAACUGAUGGGGCUCCUGAAACGUCACCUUGGAAAUACCGAAUCAUCGGCGCUUCGUCCAUAGUUGCGUUCAAACCUUUUCCUCUUUCGAGCCAUUAUAGCACGGCAAAAUGGGCAGUCCGCGGAUUCACGCAAGGAUUUGCGAUGGAGAUGGCAAAGUACCACAUCGCCGUCAACGCAUACGCUCCAGGGGUCAUUGCAACAGAUAUGUGGGAUAAGAUUGAUGAAGGUCUGUGUGAGGUUGACGGAAAGCCCCAAGGAGAGGCAAGCCGUGAAGGAGCAGAGCGUUCCUUGAUGGGUAGACUGGGUACUCCUGAAGAUGUGGCUAAGGUUGUUGCUGGAUUUCUAGCAGGACCCGAUGCUAACUUUGUGAAUGGUCAGACUCUGAUAGUCGACGGUGGUAUUAUGCUCACUUAG